AUGUCGCCUUACACCAGCACUGGCGGUGGGCGUGCGCCCAACGUGUCUCGCUACCUGCGCGACCUUAACACCGUUAAGGAGCCCGCCGCUGCCGAAGAGAAUUUCACCUUCGAGGAGGACCUCGCCAUCUUCACUAACACUCAGUUUUUCGACUACGAUUCUGGCCAGCACACCGAUUACCAGGCACCGGCCAAGAAGCCCGAGAUCGCUGAGCCCCAGGCUCCCUCCAGCGCCGCCACGGAAGAACUCACAUCUCCCAUUGGCGAUUUCAAUGUCGACUUUUCCAUGCCAGGCGAAUUUAACUUUCACGAUUUUACCAACCCCUACCCUGCCUCGGGCGUCCCGUCCUUCGCUGAAGGCCUGGGUAACCUUCAACCUCUCCAGCCUAAUCCUCAAACUACCUACGCACCGCCCCCCGUCUCCCAGCACUAUGGCGCCCCUACACCGAGGGCCUCCGAGGCCAGAACCCCGGAAUCUCUAAAUGGUGUCAGCAGAAAUGGCCAGAACUUCGAGGAGCAGUCCCGUAUCGCGGCUGAAGAAGACAAGCGCAGAAGGAACACCGCUGCUUCCGCCAGGUUCCGCAUCAAGAAGAAGCAGCGUGAGCAGGCCCUGGAGAAGAGCGCCAAGGAGAUGUCCGACAAGGUCUCCGCUCUUGAGCAGCGCAUCAACCUCCUCGAAACCGAGAACCGCUGGCUCAAGAACCUCGUCAUGGAGAAGAACGAGGGAAACGAAGACAUCGCCGCCUUGCUGAGGGAGUUCCAGAACAAGCAACCCAAGUCGACCACGGCAUCCUCGGGUUCCGCCAAGGCGGAGGAGUCAAAGUAA